CUCUCCUCCUCUUCCCUCCCCGGUCCUCAGAUGCUAGUCAGACGGGUGCUUAGCAGUUCCCUGUCAGCCUAAAACAGCUUUGAUUGGACCUCAUCUUCACUGACUACACUGGAAAAGAGAGCAACAGCUAUUUGUGGCGCAGUCACCUGACUACCAGAGUCUCUGUAAUCAUUCACCAGAUGUCACUGAGUGAGUGACCAAUUCCACUGUGUCUGCCACAUGAGGACUGACAGGCAGCCAGGGAGGCGUGACACGCAAGAUACAACUACCCCCCAUUUGAAGAAGACAGACCAGACUAAAUCACCACUAAAAGGACAUAAUCCCAUGCAAGGCACUUCUUAACAAUCAACAAAAUAUAUAAAACGGCUGCUCUCACCAUCCGCAGUACACAAAGACAUUGACGGCAGUGAGGAGUCAGGGCUUUACAUAAAUGGCUGACAAGCAAAUCAGUUUGCCUGCCAAAUUGAUCAAUGGGGGGAUCGCCGGCCUAAUUGGAGUCACUUGUGUGUUUCCUAUCGACCUGGCCAAGACUCGCCUGCAAAACCAGCAAAAUGGAUCCCGCCUUUACACUAGCAUGUCAGACUGCCUUAUUAAGACCAUCCGGUCAGAGGGGUAUUUUGGGAUGUACAGAGGAGCGGCGGUUAACCUCACUCUCGUGACGCCAGAGAAAGCCAUCAAAUUGGCAGCCAAUGACUUCUUCAGGCAUCACCUCUCCCAGGAUGGAAAACUCACUUUGUUGAAAGAGAUGCUGGCUGGGUGUGGUGCGGGUACAUGCCAGGUUGUUGUCACCACGCCUAUGGAGAUGUUGAAAAUUCAGCUCCAAGACGCUGGACGUAUUGCGGCUCAGAGGAAGCUGAUGCCAGAGACGGUGGCAGCAGGCACAGUGGACGCCAAGUCGCCAACAGCCAUACAGCUCACCAGACAAUUACUGAGUGAAAAGGGAAUCGCUGGAUUAUAUAAGGGCCUUGGUGCCACAUUGCUCAGGGAUGUUCCAUUCUCCAUCAUCUACUUCCCCCUUUUUGCUAACCUGAAUAACCUGGGGAAGCGAGGCGCAGAAGGACCCGCUCCUUUCUACGUGUCCUUCCUUUCAGGCUGCUUAGCGGGCAGCACGGCAGCAGUCGCAGUCAAUCCAGUUGAUGUGAUAAAGACAAGACUUCAGUCUCUGACCCGGGGUAGCACCGAGGACACGUACAGUGGCGUGACCGACUGUAUCAGGAAAAUCAUGUCUAACGAGGGUCCAGCCGCUUUUCUGAAGGGGGCAUACUGUCGAGCGUUGGUCAUUGCACCUCUCUUUGGCAUCGCCCAGGUGGUCUACUUCCUCGGCGUGGGCGAGUUUCUCCUCAGCUUCUUGCCUAAAAAAGACAACUAACGAAGCGCAUCAUCUCUAAAGCCUUUCCCGCCCAGACCGCAUCACACACCCCCACUUACGUGAGGAUUCAUCUCAUUCUUACAGAACUUUACGUUCAGAUUUUUAAUGCUCACGAGCUACAUUUUGUUUCAAAUUUGUUGUCUUGAAUGUCCGAAUCAUGCAGGAGGGAGCCUUCGUUUUGCUGCCAAGCUGCCUGUGUCGGUGCAUGUCGAUCCGACAUGAAGUCGCAAAUGUCAGGUUAGGUUUUGAAGAAGUAUGGCUUUAUAAUUACAACAUAUGAUAUUUUAUAUAGCGAUUGUCAAAAUUUCAAGGUCGACGAAUGGCCCUUGGUUGCUGCAGUCUUACGUGCUCCAUUUUUAAACACACAUAGAGUAGUGAUCCAUUCAAAAUAGAAUUAUGAAAAUAUCUAAAUUAAAAGCACACAUAACUUACUUAGAUAUUUGAUAAAUUCUUACAAAAAAUUAUAUUUAGGUUAUUGCCCAAACCUCACUGCUCCAAAAGUACAGGGAACACUUGCCAUAAAGUGGUAAAACAUGACAUUACAUUUCAUACUAGUGUGUAUGGCCUCUGUGGGCCUGUAUGAACAAGGGGUGUCCCGAUCCGAUAAUGAUAUUAGAUAUCAUCCGAUAUCAGCCAAAAAAAACCAAGUGUUGUAUUAUAUCAGUUUGCAUCUAAAAUCGGCAAUAUGAGUACCGUAUUUUUCGGAGUAUAAGUCGCUCUGGAGUAUAAGUCGCACCGGCCGAAAAUGCAUAAUAAAGAAGGAAAAAAACCACAUAUAAGUCGCACUGGGGUAUAAGUCGCAUUUUUUGGGGAAAUUUAUUUGAUAAAACCCAACACCAAGAAUAGACAUUUGAAAGGCAAUUUAAAAUAAAUAAAGAAUAGUGAACAACAGGCUGAAUAAGUGUACGUUAUAUGAGGCAUAAAUAACCAACUGGUAUGUUAACGUAACAUAUUAUGGUAAGAGUCAUUCAAAUAACUAUAACAUAUAGAACAUGCUAUACGUUUACCAAACAAUCUGUCACUCCUAAUCGCUAAAUCCCAUCAAAUCUUAUACGUCUAGUCUCUUACGUGAAUAAGCUAAAUAAUAUUAUUUGAUAUUUUACGGUAAUGUGUUAAUAAUUUCACACAUAAGUCGCUCCUGAGUAUAAGUCGCACCCCAAACUAUGAAAAAAACUGUGAUUUAUAGUUCGAAAAAUACGGUACUUUGAUACCAGCAGUCCCCCAACGUGUUUCCUUGUGUUAGGUCGGUCCAUUCUUGUAUUUUAGUGAAGUUAUAUACAAAAGGUAAACAUGGUAGGCUUUUGGCUACUCAGAGCUAGCUGCUACACAACAACGUACCAAACAAUAGCACACAAGCUAGACAUAUGUAAUAAAUGUCCUUAAUUGAACAAUAUUGCAGUCUAAAACACAUUUAAAUUUAAACAAGUAUAAAUAAUUAUAGUUAUAUAUUACUUACACGUACAAGGCAGGGAAUAUUAGGAAGUACACUGCAAAAACUGAAAUCUAAGUAAGAUGACAUAUAUCAAAUAAGGGUGAUAUUUGCUUAUUUUCUGUCUGAUAAGAUCAUUCUUCUCACUAAGCAGAUUUUAUGUUAGUGUUUUAAGUGUUUUGAUCCUAAAUGAUCUCAGUAAGAUAUUACAGCUUGUUGCUGAGAUUUGAUGACCUAUAUUGAGUAAAACAUGCUUGAAACUAGAAUAUCAACUGUUGCAAAGCUGUGUCAUCAACACUCACAAGUAUAAAACUACUUUUUUAAAGUAAUCAUUUCUUAUUUCAAGCAUGAAAAAAAAAAUCAUGAUUUUGACACAAUUGUGUCUCAUAAUUAAAACAGAUGACAGCCAAAUGGACUUUGCUGUUUUAUUUUCAAUGAAACAAUAGACAUUACAUACUCAUAUAGUAGUACAGUUGGCACAGUACAGUAAACUGACAGUUAAUAUUUUAACAUUUAACAUGUGACAUUUCAAACAAUUUUGAACAGAAAUAGUUCAUGCACAUUCAGAUAAAUUCCUCAAAAUGACAAUUAAAAGAAAUUGGGCCGGGGGCCGGGCUGUAUAUAUGCGCACUAAUUGACUGAAAGAGCACGCACUUGGCGCGAUGAUGUCAUGUUAUCGAUGGAAAAAUGCAUUUUUAGACCAUAUGAUUUGCCUGAGCGGCUAGGAGACCCCGAGAGUAACAAGCGCUUGCCUUGUUGCCUUUCCAUUAAGAACAAUAAAUUAGUUUUUAGUAUAAGUUUGCUGGUUCCAAGAAAUGUAAUGCCGAGCGCAUAUCAUUAUGUCAAGAUAAUGGCACUAGCAUUUACUUCAUUUAAGAAUAUUUUUCAACAUAUUGAGCAAAAAGGUUUCUUUUUUUUUUUCUAUCAAGAAAAGUGCACUUGUUAUUAGUGAGAAUAUACUUAUUUUAAGGUAUUUUGGGGUUCAUAGAGGUUAGCUAAUUUUACUUGUUAUGGAAAGUCUUGACAAGCCAAAUUUUCUUGUUCUAUUGGCAGAUCAUUUUGCUUAGUUCAAAUAAAAUACCCCUCAUUUUUGUAUUAUUUUUUCUUGUUUUUGAACACUGACUUUUUGCAGUGUAUUCAGUAAAAAAAAGUGUCCGCAUCAUUCAAUUUACUGCGUCAUGACUCUUGAGCUUAACUAAAUGAAUUAUCCUGGCCACUAUGUCUCCCAAAAAAUAAUUACCACUCCACUUCAACCUAAAGAUGCAUAAGUCCAUUCCAGACAAUUAAUAAUACAUAGGUUUGUGUUUUUCAUACCUACUAUUGUUCUCUGUUUGACAAAUUGUACUUGAUCAAGCCUUUUCUAACAUUCCACACUAUAGAAUAAUGAAAGUAUGUAUGAUUCAUGCUGUUGUUUCGGAUCAAUAUCGGUAUUGGGCAAUACUUCAGGCUGCAACAACUGCAGUAUUGUACUGUCAGUGAAAAAAUGGUAUCGGGACACCCCUAGUAUUAACACACAAACUCUGUUGGAGGUUAUUUUAUAGUGCUCUAGUAGUGAGUGCUUCCUUCUUGCAUAAAGCAGCAUAUAGCGGUCGUACUUAUCCCUUCCUUUAAGCCCUCUUCACAUACUAUCUACAGUAUAGAACACUCUUGAAACACUGUGCUGGGAGACCCUCCUAAAUCUUCUAGCCACAGUGCAUAUGAAGGAUCUGCACUACCCGUAUGUUCCUUUUACGUUUUGAGCAGUGUAGUUAGAAACAGGAAAAAUCUAUGUUGGAGCAAACCCAGAGAAAGUGUUUAUGUGAUACCAGCACACCUGCUUGGACCUAAGAAGCCACACCCCUUCAGCCACAAGAUGACUUGCAUUGCCUCAGCUUUUUUUAUAAGUAGAUCAGCUCUAUUGUUUACCUUCUCUCAAAGAUCUCUCUGUUCUGGUGUGCAAUCAAACAUUAGACACACCAUGAAACACUGCUUUUACAAUCAGGCAUAUUUAUGGCCAGUACCAAAUUGGUGAUGAAAUAGUUUUUUAUUUGACUCACAAUUACACAGAGUCAAUCAGAUGAUCAAUGCUUUAAAAUGUUGGUGGUUCACAGAGCAAUGAAAUAUCUUUGGACUAUAUGCAAGAUUAGAAACUACUUUGAGUAGUCAGUGUGCAGCUUAAAAAGCAUUGUAGAUUUACUACUAUUGGAAAAUAAGUCAACUCUAGGGAUGGGCGAUGUGGCCUAAAAUCUAUUGCAGCUUCCUGGGAUAACAAUUUGUAUCACAAUAUAUUAUUUAGAAUAUACAUUUUAAUAGAACCAUUUCAAAAUGGGUUACAAAGGCUGCUAAUUUGGCUGCUGACGUAUACAGUAACAUAUUGUCACUUCGGUUUGUAUUCAUACUUGCCAACCCUCCCGAUUUUCCCGGGAGACUCCCGAAUUUCUCCCGAUUUCCACCCGGACAACAAUAAUGGGGGCGUGCCUUGAAAGCACUGUCUUUAGCGUCCUCUACAACCUGUCGUCGUGUCAUCAAUACUAACAGCGUACAGAAUAUAUGCGGCUUUUACACACACUUAAGCGAAUGCAAGGCAUACUUGAUCAACAGCCAUGCAGGUCACACUGAGGGUGUCCGUAUAAACAACUUUAACACUGUUACAAAUAUGUGAACCCACACCAAACAAGAAUGACAAACACAUUUCGGGAGAACAUCCGCACCGUAACACAACAUAAACACAACAGAACAAAUACCCAGAAUCCCUUGCAGCACUAACUCUUCCGGGACGCUAAAUAUACACCCCCGCUACCACCAAACCCCGCCCCCCUCCCAUCUCCCGAAUUCGGAAGUCUCAAGGUUGGCAAGUAUGUUUGUAUUAUUUUCUCAAAACUAUUUUUUAUCUAAUUGCUAAUGUAAUAGCGGGUUACUUUCUGUUGUAACACGGUUCUAUCUUUGUUGAAAUGUACUAAGCCCUUUUUGUUCUGUUGUUUGGAUACUUUACAUUCAUUCGAUUUGGGCAAUGCCACACAUUUGGGUAUCGAUCCAAUAACAACUAGUUACAGGGGCUGUAUUGGUUAUACCAAUGCUGAUACUGAUACUUCAAAUUUUCAAUAGAAAGAUUACAUUCAGAUCACAAUUAUAAUCACACAAAAACACAGGAUGGCGACAUAACAAUAUCAAGUAAAUAUUUGGAUGAUUUUUUACCACUGGCUCUGAUUAAAAUCCUAAGCUUUUUGCCCUUAAAGCCCUUCUGUUUUCAAGGACAUACUUCCUGAUAUAAUAACAAAAACAAGAAAAUAUUUUUUGAUGAUAAAAAAUAUGGAUCUUACCCCUGGAGUGUCGCCCAUAUACUGAUACUUUACUUGGUAUCAUUACUGUCGGUAUUUGACAUUCAAGAACUCUACCUUGCAGUUAGUUACUGUAGCAUGUUUAGCUAUUCCUCGUCAUCCAGUGAUAAUGGGCUACUUGGCGCUAGCAGCUACACAACAGCUAAGCACAUAAGCGACAUACAAUGUGCUUAGAGUGGACCAAGUUCCUCUAUAAAACAGGAACACUCGGGUGUUUUUAGGAAUUAGCUGAAAAAUGCUUGUCUCCCAAGUUUUAAACUGAACUUGGGGGGGCCAAUAUGGUGUCAUUACCCAUUUGGCCAGUUGAAUAGCCUUGCUCUACACUGACUACUCCAAAGUAAAUCUAUGAAUUAUUUUCAUUUAGUGAUGUCCUUUGAGUAAAUAUAUCAUCAUGAGAGAUACUGUAGUUUUAAAGUAAUCAUGUGAGUAAAUGGUCAACUGCAGUUGCUUAUAUGGUUUUGACACUAUUGUUUACAGUACGGAUCAGUCAAUUAUCAAACAUAUCCGUUGCAACUUGAAUUCACUGGCAGGGCACAAAGAGCUAACGGGAAAACAUUCAUCAUAAAACCCCGAAUCAAACCAUUUAUUUGUUCAGUUGACUUGUUUGCUUGAAGCUAUACAGCGGUUAUACACCAUAUCUCACGUAUGCAUCACACCUCCAAAGCCCUGCCAUUGGUUUAUCUAACCGGAGAUCAAGGUGACUUUGACGUCUUUUUUUAUCAAAUCACAUUCCGCUUUGUAGCUCCCACUUGUGGCACUGUUGGCGUCUGAUGCAACUUUUUAACGUGUACUCAUGUGUGGGAGUGAGAAGUGUUUAUUAGUCUUUGGGUGGUAUGAUAUUGUAUAUUUGUGUGUCUUGAAUCUGUUGUACACAUGCAAAUGGUAUAACGUCUAUGCUUUAUUGUUUGUUUUGUACAUGAAGGCUUAUUUGCACACCUACCUCUCCCAUCCCCCUGUUAUUCAGCGUGGUGAUUUUAUGUGAUGAUGCGGAUACAGCAGAUGAAGGGAUGCAACAAACAUUAUUGGAGCUUGCUAAUGUGCGAAGGGACAUGCUCCAAGGUGCCAUUACCUCUAAGCCAGUGCUCAAGUCUGCGGGUCGGCCAGCACUCCUGUUGUCACUUGUGGACCAAAUGAAGCACCUUAUAAUCAACGUUCCCUCUAAGGUGCGCGCCUGUGCAAUUGCGCACUGCUCAAGCGUCGUCUGCGCCCGGCAAAUCUAUGCCACGCACAAAAUCAAAUAAAAAAAAUAAGCGCAUAACAAUUUUCAACACACGGACACGACAGAGACAACAGUUUUCGUCAUCAUUGUUCAAAUAUUGUAACGUUUGUUGAGACGCUUUGAGGACAUGAAUUCCAUCCAUCACUUUACUGAGCAAAACUCUUUAUUGGCGGCCAUAAACACGUCACCAAAACAUUAGUAAAAAAAAAAGAUAUCUAGCAAAACUGGUCAUUUUCUCCAGUACAAACCAGACCAAAGGCAACUUUGUUAUAUCAACAGCAGCCGCUCGCUCUUUCUCACUUGCGCCAACACAUGCACAUAUGGCACUUAGCCAGUGAUGCGUUUACAGACACACAAAAAGUCGGACAACUCCAACACCACACAUAAAGUGUCAUUCCAGGUCGUUACACAAUGAUUUACCAAUCAAAUGUGUGCUUAUUCUAGUGUCAUUUAUCAGGAAUCUUAAUUUAUAAAUAUUAAUCAUGAAAUGCUGUAUAAAAUACUAAUAAAAAUAUAUUUUUUACAAACAGGAAGUUGCAGGAAUGUAUACAUGAUCCCCUUCUUACAUCUCAUUGUGCAACAUGUGAAUGUUUUAAUGGGAACUAAAUGCAAUGUCUGAAAGGGGUACAAAUUAUUUCCAAAGCAGGACCUCCACCCAGACAAACAAUACAAGUACACAGUUCAUGAAAAACAAUAUUUUGUGUUAUUGUCAUUGUAAGUGGGCCUAACACUUAUAUUAGAAAAUAACCUCAUGGAAAUGACUGCUGUCAUUUGAUUAUAAUAAUAAGAGAAUGUUGUCUGUCUAUCUGUGUUGGUCCUGCGAUGAGGUGAGGACUUGUCCAGGGUGUACCCCGCCUUCCGCCCGAAUGCAGCUGAGAUAGGCUCCAGCACCCCCCGCGACCCCGAAAGGGACAAGCGGUAGAAAAUGGAUGGAUGGAUGGAGAUGUAACUUGUUAUUUAGUCAGGUUUGGGCCAGGUGUGCUGCUGGUGUAGCCACAGUGUGCACGUCUGAUGUUGCUCACAUGGGCUCCACUCAAUGCUCAGGGAGUUUUUGCCUUUGCUCACACACGAGAAAAUUUAGAGGGAACAUUGCUUAUAAUGAUGGCGAUAUAAACAUAAUAAGCUCAGAGCCAAUAAUACUGAAAUGAAGUGUACCCCAGACAAGGCUAAUGAGGACCUGCUGACUUGAGACUGUAAAUGUAACUACCAUCAAUGGUGCUGCUUCCAUUAGGUGGACACCAUAUGGUGCUGCUUCCAUUAGGUAGACACCAUGAUGGCGACUGAAUCACAUGCAGUCUUAAAGUGAAAGCCAUAAGGUUUCCGACUGUAAUGACUUGAACAGCUGAGCCAUAUAAGCUCAUCACCAAGAAUCUCUCAACAUUCCAAAUGCCGUUUUCAUCUGCUGUCCCUGUGGUCUAUUUUGAUUGUGUUAUUGGUGAUCGCUUUAAAUCAUUCCCCUGCUUUAUUUGAAAGCUUUUGACAAUGUUGUGCAAUUUCUUUGAGCUUUAAGCCCACGAUGAAUUAUCGCUGACUUUGUGAAUUUUGAGUGUGUGUCCGGAUAGUAUAGUGCUGUAGCUGGUGUGUAGUUCUUUCUGUCUGUCACACUCCUGUGCCAUCCCUCUUUCAAAGUUUGAAAUGUUUUUGUUUUUUUUUUAAAGAAGAGCACAAAGGAUGGUUAAGGCACAUGAGAUCACACAUGGGAUCAUAGUGAUCAUAAAUUCCAAUGUGAAAUGUAUUUAAUGUACAACAUGCAAAGACCCAUGUAGUGGUGGUGUGCACUGAGCAGUUAUCCACAAAAUAUAUAUUGCCUACAUAUUCUCAAUGAAUCAGAUAUAUGAAUGUAAAAUAGAUAUUAUAAGAUGUAUUAUUUAGUGAAUAAUUUAUUACAUUAUGAUCUAAACAUUUAUGCUUUACACACACACACACACACACACACACACACACCAACCAGCUCACUGAUAUGCAAUAAGUAGAAACCGCACACACAAACAACAAAACAUGUCAAUGUCAGCAUCACAAUAAUGUAUACACAAUGUGACCGGGGACCUUCGGAGCCUUUUUUGGGGGGGUCCGAGUCCUCUUCCUCCGAGAGGAAUUGCGCAACACACAGCACUUUAUAUCAACCACAUCCCCGCCACCACUCUAACCAUACAGGGUGUUUAGAAUUCUGUGCAUUGAAUGACACACACACAAACACACACACAUACGUCCUAUGCAUUGUUUACGAUGCCAUGGUGAAAGAAAUAAAGUGUUUCAUGUCACAAUUUGCUGUUCAAUAAACUGACUGUCCCUAAA